AUGUUUGAAAUUGAUAAUUGAAUGCAAAGGGGAGUGUGGUGCGUUAUUUUCGUCCAUUUUACGUUUAGUUUGGUUGCAGUAAAGGCGUAAUUUAUUAUUACAAUUAGUUUUUGCAUUCGUUCUAGUAUAUUUAAAAGAUAUAAUUGAUUUAAACUCUCGAAUUUGUGGUACUGUUUCAAGAUGAGAGAUUCGCCAGAUUCUACGUCAAAAAGGAGUAGGAGCAAGAGUUCUAACAGUAGCACUAGCCGGAAAAGUAGGAGCAGAAGUGCCUCUAGCGUAUCAAGAUCUCGCUCAAGAAGCCGCAGUAGUGAAAUUGACGGCUACAGAUUACAUAUUGCAGAUAUAGGUGAUGAAGUUAGGCGUUCAGAUUUAGAAAAGUUAUUUACACCAUAUGGAUGCUUGAAAGAGGUAUGGAUGACAAACAGUACCCCAUGUUUUGGAUUUGCUGUGUUCACUGAAAAGAAAGCAGCAGCCGCAGCUUUGAAGGCAUGUGAUGGAGCUGAGGUUGCUGGAUGUCGAAUCCAUGUUACGUAUGCCAGACCUAGAACUCGAGGUUCAGGACGACGUUUUUAUAGCAGUAACAUGCGGUGUUACCAGUGCGGAUACACAGGCCAUUUCUAUCGUGAUUGUCCAGACAUUAAUGGUGGAGACAAGAGAGACCGGCACAUGGUUGUAUAUUUAUAUGGUUUGGUAAAAAGAAUAAUGUAUGGAAUAGUAUGAUGGGCCAUAUUGAGUCGUUGACUUGGCGUGGACAAAAAUAGCUUUAAUAAUGGCAAAUUGUGUCUGGUUUGACAUAUGGUUUGAUUGUUGGGUACAUGUUUUUAGUUACGGCCGUUCUAGAAGGGACAGGGACCGAGACAGUAGAAGAAGAUCGAGUCGCAGCGGUAGAUACGAUGACAGAUCCAGGCGAAGUGGUGGAGCAAGCAGCAGACGUCGAAGAUAGAUACAUUCUACUUGCGUUAUUUCAGGUAGUAUUUAAUUUUGUUACAGUACAGUCUCCGAUUCAUAAUGGAUGCAAUUAUGUACAUCAAGAAGCCAUUUUUUUAUGUAUACAUAUUACUUAUAAUUUAAAGUUUAUCGGCCCGUAUAGAAAUGAGUUGAGUAUUCCAAUAAAAUUGCGAUAUAAUGAAAUGUAGAGUUGAAUUUGUGAAAUUCAAUGUAGGUUUGUGUAAUUGUACCAAAGAUAAAUAUCACUAAUGAAUUUUUCAGAAACAAAUAGAUUAUUGAAAGUACAACAUGUAUUAGAGAAAGACGAGCUUUAUUUCAAUAUAUUUGUCAAUUUGAUUUAUUAUUAGCACUAACAAUCUAUUUGAGUAUUAGUUGUAGAUGAAUUGUAUUCAUCUUGAUUAAUAUAAAAAUUAGUUUUGAGGUAACCUGUAUGUAAUAUUAGACUGGUGCAGAUAAACUUUGAAUUUUCUCUUUUGCACAUGUACAAUUUCAAACGUAAUUGAAUUAUUUAUUAUUUAACAAACUUAUUUUCUUUAUGAGUGUCGAUUUAAACGAUGUAGUAAACUAAAUUUUUACUUUAUAAGAAAUUAAAAAUUAUUAAUCUAAUUAUUUUCAGUGCAAAUAAUACUUUCUUUUAUUGAAAUUCAAUUUCUCAGAUUACUUCCGAUAAAACUGUGAAAACUUCGAUAUCCAUUCACCUUUUUGUCUAUUAUUUUUGGUCAUAAAUAAUUAAAUUAGAAAUAAAAAAAGUUUCAGAAAGUUUUAAAAAUUCAAAAUUGGUGUGUGCAAAAAUACUAGGAAAUUUAGUUUUUUGAAAAAAAUAGUCCCCCUAUUAUACAUAGGUACCGGUGUUUAUUCCAGUUCUUGAAACACUUCUCAAACUUAAUUUUUUGUAAAUAGGAACUACUAAUAGUAGGGCAUCCUUGUGGAAUUUUUUGGCAAAAAAUUUACGAACAAGCAAUGUGAGUAUUACAAAUCCUGCCCUUUCCUUGGACUACUUCACGCCAACGGCGGUAGGCAGAACAAGUUAGUCAUUCAUUUCAUUUUUUUUCCUUUAUAUUAGUUGUGGAUCUGCUGGAAUAACCGUGUUGUUUAUUGUCUUCAAGCUUAUAAGCUUAUACCACUCAAACUUUUGAUUAACACCUAGCAGAUUAAUUAUAUUUUCCCAUUUAUUGACAUUUCACACAAUUUAUAAUAUUUUCUCACGAAAUUGAAUGAAAGCAUUUCACAGUGAAUACAGGAUAAAGUUUUAAAAUACCUUAGAGGUGUAUACAAAACGUAACAAUUUGGCUGACUCCAAACCCUUCAAAUUUCAAAAUUCCAGUUAUUUUCUGUAUGUAUCCCGUAAAUAUGACAGUAAUAAACUCAAAUUAUUAAACCCGGUAUUCACAAACAACUUUAAUCGAAUCACUAAUCUUAUUAUUUAGACCGUCUAAAUUGAUAUUGAGAACACUGAAUGAAUUCAUUUGAUUAUUAGGUUUAUAUAACCAAAAAAGGAAUAUAUGGUAUUUGAAAUUUGUUCAUGUGCAUUUGAUUGUUGCAGUUAGGUUUAAGUUUUUACGGUGUUCCUGAUGAAUAAUUUCAUUUUAUUUUUGUUUCUGAGAACAAUUUUCAAAUUUUAACAGAAUAAUAUUUAUAUAUAAUUUUAUUUUGAAUGACAAGAAUUUCAGGUGCAAUUUUUGAAUUAAUGUGUUACAGUAAUGAUUAAUUUGAUUAGUAAUAAUGACAUUUCCUUAAAAACCUAUGAACCUAAGUUAUUGUUCUUCAAACACGGUAUUCCUUAACCAAUUUGGUUGAAGAACACUGUGCAAAGUAUAGACACUAUCGAUGUUUCAAGUUGUGAGUUUUUGCACAGUAUUUGAUAUCAUCACUUCGAGUAGAUAUGUUGAUUUUUUAUAGUUGAAACAAUAAAUAUUUGUUUGGACAUUGCAUAUUAGGGCAUACAUUUGAAUAUUGUGAGAUUUUUAAGAAACUUUUUAACUAAUCUAAAUGUAUAUUGCACCAUUAUGUACAUAAAUAAAUAUCGAAUUUUUUCAAUUAACAUUUUUCAAAAUUUCUUCAGUAUCCACUAAAAUUCUUUAUACUAUUUUGUCAUCCAAUCGUUAUUUCUUGAUUCUUAGUUCAGGAAGUUAAUUGUUUAAUAUAUAAACAGAGUUUUCUGUAAAAGUAAUUGGGUGUCUGUCUGACUGAAAAAAUCUAAUUGAUGAAGGUCAGUCUAUAUUUGUCACCAUUUUAGUGUUGCCUGCUUUAUAAAUUUUAUAAAUGGAACUCGCCACAUUUAAUAACCAACAUCAAAAUGUUCGACAAUACCUAUAUUUUAUUAUACAGGGUGCGGCAGCAUAACUUUCUUUUUUCAAAAGUUAAUAAAACUUAUUGUAUGAAUCAGAAAAUUUUUAUUCGUUUUUUAUAAUACAGGCACAUACAUAAAGUUUUGUUUUACUGAGUUUUGAAGAUCAAAUCAGUUAGGUGACGUCCCCCAUUCUCCAUACACUGAGUAAACCGAUUUCUGGCGUUUGUCAUGACUCUUGCCAGCAUAGCAGGCGUUAUGUUGGCAAUUUCUUCCUGGAUGUUCGUCUUCAAAUCUUGUAGGGUCCUUGGACGGUUCACAUACACACGGGAUUUCAAAAAACCCCAUAGGAAAUAAUCACAAGGGGUCAAAUCGGGAGAGCGGGCUGGCCACUCCAAAUCGCCCCUAAUUGAGAUAAGGCGCUCUGGGAAGUGUUCCCUCAAAACAGCCAUCGAUGUUCUUGAAGUGUGUGCCGUUGCUCCGUCUUGUUGGAACCAAGUGUCCCCUAAGUCCAACUCAUCUAGCCGUGGGAAAAAAAAUUCCUGUAACAUGUUUACAUACCGGUGCGAAUUCACUGUCACUGUGACUUCAUUUUCCUCAAAGAACCAGGGACCAAUAAUUCCACGUGAGUAAAUUGCACACCACACUGUGACUUUAGGUGAAUGCAAAGGCCGUUGAUGCAAUUGUCGAGGAUUGGUAUCAGCCCAGUAGCGCAUGUUUUGUUUGUUUACGGAUCCACACAAAUGAAAAUGGGCUUCAUCACUAAAAAAAAACAAUAGCGUCCUCAGGAACGACUUCCAGAAAAACCUCACACGCGUUCCUCCGAGAAUUGAAGUCACGUUCAGAAAGUUCCUGCACAAUUGCCAUCUUGUAUGGAUGAAAAUGAAGAUCAUCAUGAAGUAUUCUCCUCACAGAACGAUCGGAAAGUCCAAGGGCAGACGCAUGUUUGCGCGCAGAACACCGUGGUGAUCGCAACACUGAAGUUCUAACUAACUCAAUGUUCUCCGGUGAUCUAAUGGGCCGAGGGACUCCAGUUCUUCGUCUUGUCACACUUGCAGUUUGUCUGAACGUAGUGACCCACGUAACAAUUGAUUUCCGGUCCGGGACAGGGGCCAAGGGGGCUAAAUUAAAGCGAUUCCGAAAGGCGCGCUGGGUUGCGAUCACAGAACAUCCGCUCGAAAAGUAAACCUCAACGGCAAACGCACGCUCCUCACUGUUCCAACGCAUGAUGGCGACUGAACUGUGCCGGGACAAAACUUUAUAGUCCCCCCUCUCGAACGAGACCACUAGCACUCCGUUACGACAUCUACCGACUAAAUGGCGAACUUUUUAAAAAAGGAAGUUAUGCUGCCGCACCCUGUAGAAGGCUAAAAUUAAAUUGUAUGAAUAAUCUCAUUUUUCCUUGUAAGUUUGAUGUUUUUUGUCAUUGCAUAAACAAAUCCUGAAUCUAAGUUAUGUAUCAAAUUUGAGAUAUAUUCAUAAUUUUUUCAAUUUAUUGUGCCCUGACCUAAAGGUUAGUUGAAACAAAUUGUUGUGUGUGCACAAUACCGAGUAUAAAAAUUGACUUGUACAUACUUUAAAAAUGUUGAUGUGAAAUUCUUAUCAGGACCACAAAAAAGUAGAUAUACUUAAUUUGUAUUCAGAGAGCCCAAGUUUCCGUCAAUAAUCUAUUAUUUAAUAUAUAAUUAGCAAGGUGAUACUGGAAUUACAAAAUUUUGUUUUUGCAUGUUGAUGAACUUGAACUAGAACACUAGAGUGAAAUCAAUAGGUUUUCUUAAAGUGAUCUUCUAACAACUGGUUUAAUUUUUUUCUGCAUUUUUUUGAAGAAGAAACAGCAGUUCUCUGAUUAUGAAUAGUUAUGUAAUGUUUCAUAUAUAUUAUAUAAUUUAAUGGUGAAAUUGUUAAACUUACCAAAAUAGUGGAUGUGAGAUAGAUUUAUUAUAAUCAACAUUUUGGAACCAAAUAAAUUAUGAAUUUCUACCUGUU